CUGAUUCGUGUGGUGUGUGUUGCUUUGUCAGUAGUGCUGUGUCCGAUAAAUAAAUAAUAAUGGAGUUGUGAGAGAAAGAGAAAGAGAAGAAGAUGGAUAGUGAAAUUGAAAAGAAGAAGAACCUGUUUUCGGAACUAACCGACGACAUCGUUCUGAACAUCUUCUACAAACUCGAAGACGAUCCUCGCCACUGGGCUCGCUUAGCCUGUGUCUGCACCAAAUUCUCUUCCCUCGUUAGGGAUUUCUGUUGGAAGACCAAAUGCUCCCUCACCAUCCCCCAAGACCUCCUCUCCGCCGCCGCCUCCGACCCCCCUCUCUCCCUCCACAAACUCUCCUUCUGCUGCCCCGGCCUCCGCCACGCCGGCCUCCUGUUCGACACCUCCGAUUUCGGCCUCGAACGCGACCUCGGCCCCGGCAACUUCAACGUCAUCACCGAUGAUUCUCCUUCGAACACCACUCCACCACCACCACCACCACCACCACAACAACAACAACAACAACCUCCUCAAUCCGAUGAUUGUUCUUCCUCUUGUUGGUCCCUUUACGAUGACCUCUACUACGACACGCUCUACGUCCCAACCGAGUCCGAGUCGCCGCGAUUAACGGAAUCCGUUAGCGUAAGAGCGGGCGUGGAUGUGGCUUCGAUCAGCGCGUGCAGCAAGAAGCGCAAGCUCUCCCGCGCGUGGAGCUCACACCUGGCUUCGGGAAGCUGGACACUAAGCCGUGAACAAGGAAGCAAGCUCCUGGCGCGUAAGUUCCGGUACGAUUGCUUGUACGUGUGCGAGUGGCCAGGGUGCGUGCACAAGGAGGAGAAGCGCAAGUACUGCCUCUUCAGAGGGGUUUUCAAGAACUUCAGGCGGACUAUGGUUUGGAGGACUAUUCAGGAUGGGAAGAAGAGGAAGAUGGAUCUGCCUUGCGCCUUCUGCGCGUGUGAGUUCACGUGGGAUCUGCACUCUUCCUUUUGCUUGAGGCCUGGCUUCGGCUUCCAUGACGAUGGGGAGCCUAUGGUUAGGGCUUAUGUUUGUGAGAAUGGACAUGUCUCUGGUGCCUGGACCGAUCUUCCCAUCUACACUUGAACUCUCUACUGCAUUUUAUGCCUAAUUUAUGUCAUUUUCAUUUUCGCAAUCUUAGUUUCUCCUUUAAAUAACUCCUGAGAAGGCCGCUAUACGCUGUUUUCACAUUCCAUUCCAUUAUUUCAACUAUUACUUAAGAUUGGAAAUCUGCUUUGUGAAAUUCCGAUCGCAGUGUGAUUGCAGUGGAAAAGCCUUUUUAGGUUUUUCUUUUAUGAGAUUCAAAACCCACUCGCGUUUAGCAUUUUUUGUUGUUAA